UUCUGUUUGUUUUUAGGUUAUGCAAUGAUUAUGAAAAUGGGAUAUAAACCUGGUCAUGGCAUAGGUAAAACAGAAUCAGGAAGAAUUGAACCAAUUAACCUUGACAUUAAAUUAGAUAGACAAGGUUUAGGAAAACAAAAUGAGAGAAAAGGAAGAAAAAAUAAAAAUAAUAUAUUUAAUAAUAAUUUAGAUAAUAAGAGUAUGAAAGAUUUUCGAGAUAGAAUUGCACAAAAAAGAAAAGAACAAUUGUUAAAAACAGAUUUAUAUAAAAGUCAAAAAAUUUGUCAAAAAUUAGAUAUGCAACAAGAAAUAAUAAAACCUAAAGAAAUAUGGUUUUGGUUGCCUCAAGAUGAUGAAAAUAGCGAUAGUGAAAAAGAUGAUGAUUUCUUCCCUGUUAAUGAAAAACUUGAAAUUUUAACAAAAUAUUUAAGAGAAAAGUAUUUUUAUUGUAUUUGGUGUGGAGUAGCAUUUCUGGAUGAAAAAGAUUUAGUAGAUAAUUGUCCAGGAAAUGAAAGAAAUGAUCAUUAAAUGGUUUUAAUUUAAUUAAAUGUACAUAUAAAUAAAAAUAAAUUAAAAUUUCAUUAAUA